GAAGUAGAAGGUACAGGCGAACCUGACUUGUGUGCGUCCGCAUCCCCGCUGCUCCGCUGGCGAGCUACCUGCUCAAGGCACCGCCGUUUCCCGUGCCUCGCAACGCGUCCCUUUACUGGACCCGGCGUCUCGACUCGAGGAGGACGCACUUCUGCCGCCUGGAGGACCACGCGGCGGUCUUUUUCCCGCGGAACGGAGAGCAGGGCGGCAGGUGUCUCGUGAGACCUGGGGAUGAGGAGAGGGGCUCGCCGCGCGCUGCGUCCGCCGCCCGGGUGAAUUCAUUCGCUGCUGUUAGCGGCCGGCUAACACACCUGUCGGGGGUAUCUACUAUUCAAACCCCCGCUGUCAUCUGUGGUUUCCGGUCGGGACGGAUGGGAAAGAGGCGUCACUAGAUGCGGCGCGAGGCGGAGCGGCGACGCGCUCGUGCAGGAAGGUGGUGCGAAGGUAAGACGGGUGGAGGAAUGCUCGGCUAACGGGAGCUAGCAGGCUAGCCUCACGGCUGCAGGGAGCUAUGCUGUUAUCGCCCAGUCUAGCAUAGCCUAGCCUAGCCUCAGCUAGGAGCACCGACACGGGCGUCUGAUGUUGCGCGUAGCGGCGCGUGGUGACGGUACCGCCAUGAUCACAGUGCGCUCGUGAAACCGCGAGGAGGAGCGACGCGCCAUGGAGUCUUUCCUGCAGAUCGCCCCCCACUCCCUGGCCAUCGUGCUGGCCCGGGUCGGGGUCGGGGCCGGGGAGGCAGGCGGCGCCGCCGGGGUGUCAGAGAGCGACGCGCUGCCGCGGCACCACACCGGCUACGAGAUCUUCGCGGACUUCAAAGCGGAGAACACGCACGAACACAUGUGGAGCCGGCGGGUCACAGAGGCAGUGCGCGAGACCUUCUUCCUGGGAUGGAUAGACGAGCACGUCCUGCUGAUCCAGGGGAAGGAGGACCACCUGGAGGUGCUGCGGGAGGGCUGGAUGCGGAGGUCCCUGAACCCGCCCAGAGGCUUCACCAUCACCUACCUCGGUGAUGUGUCACCUAUCAGCAUGUCCCCGAUCAGCCAAUCGCAGUUCAUCCCUCUGGGAGAGGUGCUGCUAUUGGCUAUCUCUGCUAUGAACUCCGCCCACAAACCUGUCACCCAGGAGGCACUCACCGAACACCUGCAAACAUGCUUUCCAGGUGUCCCCACGCCAACGGACGAAGUGCUGCACCACACACUGAACAUGCUGGUGCGUGAGCGCAAAAUCUACCCAACCCCGGACGGCUACUUUAUCGUGACGCCCCAGACGUACUUCAUCACCCCCAGCCUCAUCAGGACCAGCUCAAAGUGGUACCACUUAGACGAGCGGGCCGGUGACCGCCUCCAGCAGCAGCAGCAGCAGCAGCACCAGAGCCAGCAGACGCAGUGCACCUCCCCGCUCUCGGGCACCGUCACCCCCUCCACGUCCGGAGGGGUGCGGGACCGGGCGCACCCCAAGCCCAGUCAGAACCACUGCGGCGCCGGGGAGUCCUACAACAACAGCUACCGCGGGGGGGGCGUGGAGGACCCCCCCAGCCACCACGCCACGCUGCAGCGGCGCUCUCCUAAAGACCCCCGGGAGGCCUACUCCUCGCCCCACUCGCCCCAGACCCCGCCCACGCAGGGGGGCGGCACCGCCGAGAAGAGCCGAAGCACCCUGAGCUUCCCCUUCAAGACGGACACGCUCACCAAGCACCGGGGGGGCGGGGGCGGCGGCGGCGGCGAGGCGGAGAAGCAGUCGGGGAGUGGGAGCGGGUCGAACAGCGCCAGCCGCAAGUUCGGCCUCAAGCUGUUCCGCCUGAGCUUCAAGAAGGACAAGACCAAGCAGCUGGCCACCUUCUCGGCUCAGUUCCCGCCCGAGGAGUGGCCCCUCCGGGACGAGGAGGUCCCCAGCCAGCUGCCGCGGAACGUGGAGAUGGAGAUCAUCCGCCGGAUCAACCCCGACCUCACGGUGGAGAACCUGGCCCGGCACACGGCCGUCAUGAAGCGGCUGGAGGAGGAGCGCGCCCAGAGGAGCAAGGCCUCCUCGGCCAACCAGAGCUCGCGGAGCCGGAGGAGCGGCGGGCGGCACCGGAAGCCGUCGCAGGCCAAGCCCAGCCGCUCCCACAGUAAGACCAGAGCCCCCCGGGGCGAGCCCAGCGACGGCUCCCACCCGGAGCUCACGGAGCGGGACUACCGGGCCUACUCGUCGUCCCUGGCCCGCUCGCCCCGGGAACACGCCCUGGCCAUGGAGCGCCAGCGGGCGCGGCUCCACCUGGCCCACAGCAACCCCAACAUCCUGGACGCCGCCCACCUGCCGGUCACGCCCGAGUGGGACGUGUCGGGCGAGCUGGCCAAGCGGCGGACGGAGAUGCCUUUCCCUGAGCCCAGCCACGGCCCCUCGGCCCAGCACUCCAAAGUGCACCGCUCUCACUCGCACACCCAGGAGAGGAAGUCGAGAACGGAGCGCAGCGACAAAGCCAAGGAACGUUCGAGAUCCAUGGACAACUCCAAAGGACCCCUGGGCGCCGGGCUUAUAGGACCGCCGGACUACUACGACGACCGCAGUCGCUAUUACACAGACGACGGGACCCUGCGAGCCAAUCAGAGUUCUUCUCACUACUCUCGGAUCACGCCCAGCAAAGCGAAACUCGCCAAUGAGGCGCUGGGGUUGGAGGGCGGCAGAAGCUUGGAGAAGAACAAGAGCCGGGACAGUCUCCCGGCGUACUCCCCCAAGCCCCCGGCCGCCUCCAUCCCCUCGGACGACUACUUCCAGUGCUCCGCCUCCUCUGAGGCGGUGCUCACGGCCGCCAACCCCCACGGCUCCCUGGGCAAGAGCAGCCACGAGGGGCUCAAACCGGGCGGCGGGGACCGGCAGUCGGACAGGCAGACGCCCCACCCUCCGGAGUACAAGGAGGACGUGGGCAAACCGGGCCCCAAAGGGGGCAGCCUGCCGCCCAUCCCGCUGUCCGUGCCCGACCCCCCGCUGCCCAACGGCCGGCCCGUCCACGGCACGUCGGCGGGCCCCGAGAAGCGCAAGGAGAUCUUCAGCAAGGACACGCUGUUCAAGCCCCCGCCCAGCCUGCCGCUGCCCGGCUACAGCUCCCUGAGGAAGACCCCCGCCCUGGCCGCCUCGGCGCUCUCGUCCUCGUGCGACGCGCUCGACUCCCCGGAGGCCUUCGACGCGCCCAAGCCCCUGGUGGCCACGCCCUCGGCCAGCGCCGCCCCCGCCGGGUUGGAGCCCGGCGGCGGCGGCAGCGGAGCCGCCGAGGCCUCCUUCGACUACUACAACGUCUCGGACGACGACGAGCUGGAGGAGGGCGCCGCAAAGGGCCGGGGCACAGACGGGAAGGCGGGCGGAGAGGGGGGCAAGGCGGGCGGAGGUGGGGUGGGCGGAGGCGGGACCAUGCAGUGGCUGCUGGAGAGGGAGAAGGAGAGGGACCUUCAGCGCAGGUUUGAGCGCAACCUCACCUUCCCCAGUGCUAAAGAGAACCUCCCGGAGCCCAGCCAGAACCAGCAGUCGGCGCACUCAGCCAGGCUGGACAGCAUGGACAGCAGCUCCGUGACGGUGGACAGUGGAUUCAACUCUCCACGCACCAGGGAGAGCCUGGCCUCCAACACCUCCUCCAUUGUGGAGAGCAACCGCCGGCAGAACCUGGCCCUCAGCCCGGGGCACCUGGGCCUCGCCACAGGCAACGGGCCGCCCUUCUCCUUCCGCGCCGUCCCGGAGCCGCCCGCUCCGCAGCCUGAGAAGCUCCAGAAGCCCAGCGCCUGCCUGGCCUCCAUCACCAGCGUCUGACCGCGCCCUGAGGGCGGAGGUGGAAGGUGGAGCUCUUUUUGGGACAUGGUUGUGAAGGGAAAUAUAUAUAUGUAUAUAUAUAUAUAUAUAUAUAUAUAUAUAUAUAUAUCCAUGUAGAUAUCUAUAUAUAUCUAUAUGUAGAUACCUGUCCCAAGAUGCCCAAGGACUGUUACAUUUCAGAACUAAUGAACUCAGUGGAGCGCCGCCUGGAGGCCCACUGAUGGAACUACAGCUGUUACAAUUACACACACACACACACACACACACGCACACUCUCUCUCUCCCUCAAAUGGACUGAUACACAGAUGGAAAUCGAGGCCACAAAUUAAACCGCUUUUGUUUCUCACAUGUGUUUACACACACACACACGCACCCACACACACAGACACACACCGAUACAUACACGCACACACACACACACACCAAGCCACUGGGCAGACUUUGACCAUGUCAUUCUACAACCUCUAGUUUACACACUGCUGUUGUGUUGUUUCACUUGGAUAAUAUGACUGACUGCUGCCUGUAGAUAUAAUAUAUAUAUAUAUAUAUAUAUAUAUACAUAUAUAAAUAUAUAUGUGGGAGUGUUUGUGUUCGCGUGUCUGGAUGUGUGAGUGUGUGCGCAUAUGUGUGUAUAUUCUGUAAUCUCAGGUCAUGUUAUCUCCACUCUCAUUCCCGCUGCUCAGACUCAAGUGUCCCGCGAAGUUGUGAAUCCUAGUAUUACACCACUACAGAGGAAGGGUGUCCCCCCCCCCUGUCGUCGUCGUCCCCCCCCCCCCCCACUGCUAAAGAGGAAGUGUUCCCCCUAGUGGUGUAUCCUAGUAUUACAUUACUAUAGAGGGAGAGUUCCCCCUAGUGGUGUAUCUUAGUAUAACACUGAUAAAGAGGAAGAGUUCCCACUAGUGGUGUAUCCUACUAUUACAUUACUAUAGAGGAAGAGUUCCCCCUAGUGGUGUAUCCUACUAUUACAUUACUAUAGAGGAAGAGUUCCCCCUAGUGGUGUAUCCUAGUAUUACAUUACUAUAGAGGAAGAGACCUCCCUAGUGGUGUAUCCUAGUAUUGCACCACUACAGAGGAAGGGUGUCGUCGUCUGGUGUAUCCUAGUAGUACAUUACUAUAGAGGAAAAGUUCCCCCUAUCGGUGUAUCCUAGUAUAACACUGAUAAAGAGGAAGAGUUCCCCCUAGUGGUUUAUCCUAGUAUUACAUUACUAUAGAGGGAGAGUUCCCCCUAGUGGUGUAGCCUAGUAUAACACUGAUAAAGAGGAGGGGGUCUCUCUAGUGGUGUAUCCUAGUAUUACACUACUAUAGAGGAAGGGUUCUCUCUAGUGGUGUAUCCUAGUAUUACAUUACUAUAGAGGAAGAGACCUCCCUAUUGGUGUAUCCUAGUUUUGCACUGGUAAAGAGGAAGGUUUCCCCCUAGUGGUGUAUCCUAGUGUUGCACUGGUAAAGAGGAAGGGUUCUCCCUAGUGGUGUGUUCUAGUAUUACACUGGUAUAGAGAAAGCGUUCUCCCUAGUGUUAUAUCCUAGUAUUACACUGUUAAAUUGACCCACGGUACAACGAUCCAUCGCUCUUACAGGAAGAUAAUGGCAAGCAUAGCUGUUGCAGCUCCUGUUAAAACAUCUCCAGGAGUGACAGACACCACCACACGGACAUCGCCACAACUAUGUAGAAACAAGUGAAAUAACGUUACCCAGGUCCAUCACAGCUAUACAGAAAUAAUUGAUGUAUCUAAAUGUAUUUUCUAUAUUUGAACGAAAAAUUUGAGGGUUAAUUCCCGUUCAUAGACAACCCAUUUAAGGCAAUGCAGAUGGCUAGUUUUGCUAACAUUAUGUAACUGAGAAUAUUUUUUUACAAGGCCCUCUUUGAUAUCAAUAUUCAUCCCGUCCCAGGUAACCAUUCCUUCUACCUGCUUGACAUCAUGUUGGCCAUCUGCACUGCCUCAAACGCGUUGCCAUGGAGAUAGACGGACCAGCUUAGAGAGCUGCAACUCUUGAGAUCAUUUGUUUCGGGACGGCCUACAACUGCAAUAGUUAACACCUCUGAGGUGGUUGUUCUGUCUGCUACAGCCUGUCAGAGUAUAACCUCUACCAACUACAACCACUCCUGAGCACAUUUACACGCACACAGAUGACUGGAAAAAUAUUAUAUAAACAGGCAAUACUCUUCCCUGCAAAUGGGAGCGCUGGUACAGCACUGGCUUUCCUCUUUAAGGAUAAACAUUCAAUCUAGACUCCCUGCUAUUGCAUUGGCAGAGUGCGUAUAAACAUGGCAGUCGGUUCCAGCCCCUUACCCGAUUGUUAAUGUGAUCAGAAUAUGGUGAGCAUGUAAGCGCGCUCCAUGUGUUUCUGAGGUUGUAAUGCGAGCUGUAGCAGCUGAAUCUGAGAGGAAGUGUUUCUUGUACCAUGUUGAAGGGGCUCGGAAAAGCAAUGGAUUUUGGAAUUGUCCCGUCAUUACAAAAUAAAUGGCUCCUAUUGCUGUGGGCCCUCGGAACCCAAACCGACAUUGUUCCACUCAAAAGGAAACUGACAUUUUUUGCAGGAUUGCAUAUGGUAAUUCUUUUUGUACCUACUGUCGAUGCAAAGAGGGAGACUCACGCUGGAACAUGAAGCUGCCGUUACCGUACCGGUACUGCGGCUGAGUUUCCAAAUCUCAAAAUGCAAAGACGUGAGCCAAGCCGAUCGACCCACGCCAGUCCAGUGUUGUACGGAGCAUACAGGGAUCUUCUUUUGUUUCCUUUGUCUUGUUUUAACGAUUUACUUUUUUUUUCUUUUUUUCUUUCCUUAAUUUUUGGGGACUCAUUGUUUACUUUACAUCCGAUUUACAUUUUUUGUAGUUUUAUUUUUUAGCGUUUGGGUUGAACCCCGUGAGCCACUGGCCCUCCCGGUGCUUCAGACACUCUGGAUGUCUUCUGCGGCCGUUGUUACCCAACAACGAUCCGUCCUGUACUCUCGUCACCAUGGGGACGACCACGACGUCAAAGCAGAUCAAACCAUCGGCGGCGAGACGCCCGUCACGCGUGUUCCAACAUGGCUGCCACUGUGCCCGGUCCGCCCGGGACAACUAAUGACCCUUAACCAGUGAGGCUUAAGACGUUUGAAGCUGACUUAACCCCUCAGGCCCGCUGACGGAUGCUGGCCUGCACCGAGCCGCGGGGAGACGCGGUGGCACGUGCGGCAAACUCGCAAAAAAAAAACCGACACCAACGUCCAAUGUCUGUAGUUUGUGAUCCAGUGCCGCGCAAAGCCGGACCCGCCCAUCAGAGUCCUGCACUUCUAUAGGUCGAAUAAUUUGUCAAUCAUUUGAAAUCCCACGGCGCGUCGUUUCCAACGGGCUCUUCUACAACUACCUCCAAAGCAGCAAAAACACAACCCAGCCCCUUUCUAAGAGUACACUGUCAUCAGCCUCUAGCCUGUGAAUGUCUUGCGUACACGCACACACUGACACACACAGACACUCACACAGACACAGACACACACACACACACACACACUUUUAUAGCCACAGAUGCCCCCACACACUCGAGACACAGACAAUGCAUUUAAGUGCUGGACCGUCCUGUCUUCUCGUUCCAUCCAUCUCCCUCUCUUCCUACAAACCUCUGAUGACAUUAGAUCACUAGAAAAACUACUUUCCCCCUUACACUUUCCCCCUUGCUGAACUUUAAAUGGCAUUCGGCAGAGGAAAGAAGAAACGGGUACAAAAAGCUAAAUUCACAACAUUUGCUAAUUAGCACAUGCAGAUGUUUUGACUCCAAAUCGUGCAGAAGGACUUUACAUUCCUGAACAGGAGAGUCCACCUCUGUGCAAAUGACCAAUAGAAAGACACAAAUCUAGAAAAGUUCCAGGUGUGUCCCAAACUAGCUUUAAAACGAUUGCACGAGAACAAGUUUAAUAUUCUAGAGCCAACACUAUAAUCCAGGGACUGGUACCACAGCCAACCUGUCUGAUAACCACAGUGUACUAGUGAUUGGUUGUGGGACAACGCCUCACACCAUAUCUCUGUGGUUUGAUUCCUUAAGACCCCUAGGGCCUUGGCUCCUUAGUCCUAGUUUUAGUACUGUGUACUAGGGUGUAGAACCCGACUAGCAAUAUAGCACAGACCCCUACUGUAUGGUCCCUGUUAAUGAUACCACUACGUUGUGGUUCCAGUGUGGCCAACGCAGGAAGUGAGGGGGGGUCCCCACUCUGGUCCAACCUCUUCUUUAAACCUUAAACAAGUUACUUAAGGAGAUUGUAAUGUCUGAGUUCAACACCCUCAAACCCUCACCUUUGUUUCUCAUGUUUUGCACUGCCCCCACCCCCACCAGCCCCCCCCCCCCCCCACCCCGGCCUCCGUUCCACACGCACGCACGCACGCACACACCAUCACCACCUACGACAACAACCACCUCCUCUUCCACACUCGACGCUCCAUGAAAUGUCUUCCGUUGACAUUGACAAACGGUUCUAACGCUGGAGGUUCCACAAUAGCAUUGUUUCUAACAGUGACGUUAAUGUCAUACUUGUAAAUGAUGUUUAUCUGUCAUGCCUAGUCAGAAUAAUUUAAACAAUAAAAAGAGGGAUUCUUUUGUAAAUGUCUAUAAUAUUGGGGAAAAGGUUUUUGGGCGGUGUCGUUUGUCCGGCUAAGCACGUCCAGCAAAAAAGAAAACACAUUUAGCUACAAAAUGCGUCUUUUAAAAAAAACAACUCUUCUUCUGACACCUCCAACUGAUGCACCAUUUUUAAGAAAGGCAAUUUGAAGCUUUAAUGUUGUUAUUUUGCACAUGCUCAACUAGACAAAGGGCACCCCAUAAACGAGUCCCUCUGUGUGUAGUGCUGGUGUUACCGUUGUUGUAGUGUAUGUGAUAUAUUACCCCACGGGGAUUGUGUUACUUUUUAAGAUAAUAAAAAUUAACAAUGUUUGGUUA